UUGGGAAUUUGCAAUGAGCCUGAAUUUUUGGGCAUAGUUACCGAAUACAUGCCAAAUGGAUCAUUAAAUGAGCUUCUACACAGAAAUACAUCGCAUUCUAUUCAUGACUUGUGACCAUCUGAAACAAAGACGGACUAAAGUAACUGGUGUCAGUCUGUAAGAAAACUGAAUAUCCUGAUAUUGCAUGGCCAUUGAGAUUCCGCAUCCUGCAUGAAAUUGCUCUUGGUGUAAAUUACCUGCACAAUAUGAACCCCCCUCUGCUUCAUCAUGACUUAAAGACUCAGAAUAUCUUGUUGGAUAAUGAAUUUCAUGUGAAGAUUGCAGAUUUUGGUUUAUCAAAAUGGCGCAUGAUGUCACUCUCUCAAUCACGAAGUUACAAAUCUGCACCCGAAGGAGGAACAAUCAUCUAUAUGCCACCUGAGAACUAUGAACCUGGACAGAAAUCAAGGGCCAGUGUGAAGCAUGAUAUAUACAGCUAUGCAGUUAUCAUGUGGGAAGUAUUAUCCAGAAAACAGCCUUUUGAAGAGGUCACCAAUCCUUUGCAGAUCAUGUACAGUGUGUCCCAAGGACAUCGGCCUGACACCAGUGAGGAGAAUUUACCAUUUGAUAUACCUCAUCGAGGACUCAUGAUCUCUCUAAUACAAAGUGGAUGGGCACAAAACCCAGAUGAAAGACCAUCCUUCUUGAAAUGCUUAAUAGAACUUGAACCAAUUCUGAGAACAUUUGAAGACAUAACUUUUCUUGAGGCUGUUAUUCAGCUAAAAAAAGCAAAGAUACAGAGUGCAUCCAGUACUAUUCACUUAUGUGAUAAGAAAAUGGAUUUAUCACUGAACAUACCUGCAAACCAUCCUCCACAGGAGGAGUCAUGCGGAUCCUCUCUGCUCUCUAGAAACACUGGUUCUCCUGGAACCCCCAGGUCCCUGUCAGCUCCUCAAGACAAAGGUUUUUUAUCUGGAGGACCUCAAGACUGCUCUUCAUUGAAGGCACACCACUGUCCUGGAAACCACAGCUGGGAUGGCAUCGUUCCUGUAUCACAAGGGGCAGCCUUCUGUGACCGCAGGGCCACCUCAUGCUCCUUGGCUGUAAUAAGUCCACUCUUGGUUGAGAAAAGUUUAGAGCGCCCACAAGCUGGUAUAGCACAACAGUGGAUCCAGAGUAAAAGGGAAGCCAUUGUGAGCCAGAUGACUGAAGCCUGCCUUAACCAAUCACUGGACGCCCUUCUGUCUCGGGACCUGAUCAUGAAGGAGGACUAUGAACUAAUUAGCACCAAACCUACAAGGACCUCAAAAGUCAGACAGCUGCUAGAUACCUCUGACAUCCAAGGAGAAGAAUUUGCCAAAGUUAUAGUACAGAAGUUGAAAGAUAACAAGCAGAUGGGACUUCAGCCUUACCCAGAAGUACCUGUGGUUUCCAAAACACCAUCUUCAAAUUUCCUUCAAAAUAAAAGCUUAUGAGGGGGUGUUCUUUGAGAGGAAAGUCAGUUUACAAAUGGUUAUUUAUAUUUCUGUUACCUGUAUAAUAUUUGUAUAAAAACAUGAGAGUAUUAGACGCUUCACUGAAGGUUUUUGGAAGAGUCUCUUCCCAUGACAUUGCAGUAUUUUUUUUAAAUUAAUAUAAGUAAAAAGUUUGCAUUAUGCUGUGUAGUUCAGUUUUUAUGUCAGUUUCACUACUUGAACUUUUUUAUGUAAUAACUACUUUUUUCUUGUAUGUAACAGUGCCUUAAGGUGGCCUUUGUGAUGAAAGAUAUUUUCACACUCAUCUUCCCUGCGGAUUCUUCAUUAUUCCUCUAAAGUACGGUUUGACUUUACAGAGCAGUGAUACAGAAUCCCCACUCUGCAAUCCCAAGUUCAGAUCUCCAGAUCACUUACAAAUUCUUUAGAAGGUGGUUUUAAGGAAUACAAAGUGUAUAAAGAUGGAAAAGAAAAAGAAUCUUUUAUUAACACUGGCCAUUCGUGUACUUCUGCUUAACCUCUGCCUCUUGUCUGUCCCCAGAGUGAACAGCCCAUUGUGUAUCCUGCUGCAGCCUUCUUCCAGCUCCUGUUUUAAGCGUAUGCUGGGUUAGGUAGAGGCCAGCCUUACUUAGCUAUUUUCUUUGUAACACACUUUUGAACUGAAAGGUUCAGCAGGUAUGCUCCUCCACACAUCUAACUCUCCACAGCAGCCAUACGUCUCUCGGUUUGAUUUUCUAAGCUUGCUUACACCAACUUCAUAAGAAACAAUAAAAAAGCAAUACAGUGUGCAUUCUUUUUAUCUUUUGGUUGUUAGCCUAUGUCAGUAAUGGGAACCUAUAUGAAGUGAUGCCUUUUUCUGAAAACUAUUUAACAAAGUUAGAGGAAAGUGAGAAACAGGAUGUAUUUGGAAGCUCAAACUUGCGAGAUGCACCAGACUCAUAACCUAAAAUAGUAUGAAUACAGAAUAAAAGGACUUAGAACAUGGGGAGACAAUGAAAUAUUCCUUAAUUUGAAAUAAGAACUUAAACACCAGGGUUGGAGAGAUGGCUCAGCACAGCACUUAAGAGUGCUGCCUGUUCUGUGAGAGGUUCUGUUCCUAGCCCCUACAUCAUACCUCACAACCUUCAAUAACUCUAGUUCCAGGACAUCUAAACCAUGUUCUGGCCUCUUCAGGCUACUAGGCAAAUGUGCAGUGCAUUUCCAUGCAGGCAAAACACUCAUACAUAUACAUAUAUAUGUAUAUAGUAAAAGGGAAAAAUGUUUUAAAAAAUUAAAUUCCAUUUUAAAAUGACAUUUACCUAUGAUGUGACUCUUAUGGGACUUUCAGAAACACAG